UCGACAGCUCGAAACGUGGCGCGUGGAAACUGAGCUAACGCGUGUGCUAGUUGCGCGGGAUAGCAUGUCUUUACACUCUUUGUUCUUGGUGAUUGUGUGCGCCGCAGAAGCGGCAAGGUUGGACGUGUCUCGUGUGUUGCUGCCUCACCGCCUCGACGUGGUCACCAACUACACCUUGGGCGUCGUAGACGCGGACGAAAGUGGCUGCUACGAGUGGAUGUCGAGUAGGCCUGAGGUGGCCACUGUCUUCACUGAAGGACCCUGUUCCCGUCAGGCCAACGUAUCUGCUGUGUGGGACCAGGCUAGCCGCCAAGAGACCACUGUGGUGGCACGCGAACAGCGCACAGCUGAGAAGUUGGAGUGUGCUGUGGUUGUCGAUCGGUUGGCUUCCUUCAAGUUGGUUGGUGCCGCGCUGGUUCUGCUUGAAGGCUUUUCUCAAUUAUUUCAGGUCACUGCACAGGAUCCACAAGGGGACACCUUCUCCUCCUUGGAUGGAAUUUUCUUUGACUGGAGCUUCCAACAAGACAAGCCUGUGCUCAGGUUUAUGCUGAAAAGGCCGGUCGAUCUGCACGGACGGGCUGUCCUUGUCCAAGGCCAAGCGGUGGGCACGGCGUGGCUGACGGUGCGGCCCGCCCAUGCAGCCUAUGCAGAUGUUCCACCCCAACGGCUACAGCUGCGUGUAGUGGAUCGUGUGCAAAUGGAACCCUCCGUCGUCUUUCUGCUCACUGGUUGCCAAGCGUGCUUCCAUCUUCAGCCAGAAUGUGACGUGAACUUGGAACCUGCGCAGCCACAUGUCUUGCGCUCGCAGGACGAGCAAGUGGCCCGUGUGGAAGGGAUGUGCACCUGGGCUCAAGGCCUUGGCCACACACAGCUGCUCCUGGCUAAUUCUCCGGUGGCUGCCAAUCCAGCUGACGUGCACGUGGUCAGACCGAGCUACCUUCGCUUGUCCGUGACCCCGGGGGAGUCCUGGGUGCUUGAGCGCCACGCAAGGUUCCAGGUUCUGGUUCAGAUAUUUGAUGAGCACCAUCACCAGGUUCACGCAGGCAAGGACGUGCGCCUGCAUGUCCACUUUCCGGCUGAAUACUUCAACGUGCUCAGCUCCACAGAGAAUGGCACCAUCCACCACGUGCGGCCAGUACAGACAGGGAAGACUGUCAUCAGGGCCAGGCUUCAAGGCUGUCGGCGACCUGACGGUGCACUGUUGCGAGCCACGGCGUCGGGAGAGCAGGAGUUGUCCAUCGAGGAGCCACUGUUGGUGCAGCCCGGGGCAGUGCUGCUUCCUUGGGACCCAGAUGUGCAGCCAGUGCACAGGGUGCGGGCACACAUCCAGGGGGGCACCGGUGCCCCAGUUGAUUGGAAGCUGAAAGCACCUCCUGUGUGGGCGCGUCUCGAUGCCGUCGGCCCAACGGCGACCACCUUGGUGACCAGUGGUGGCCCCGGCCAGGUGCAGCUGAUUGCACACGAUGGCCACUUAAGCCCGGCCCACAUGCACGUGUCUAUCGUUCCAGUCAUGGAACUGGAGGCCCUGGGUUCUCCGGUGCUGGAGGCAGAGUUGCCUGGCGGAGAGCUGCUGGUGGCUGUGGCCAUGUACGGCCAUCACCCUGAGGACCAGGAGCUCAAGCCAUUUGAUGACUGCAGACAGGUGUCACUUGCUGUGGAAGUUGUGGACGAGAGUAUUAUCAAGUACCUCCCAGGUGCAGCGGGCCCCCCCAUCGGUCGUGGCUGCACCAGUUUACGCCUGCAGUGCCAGGCAGCUGGUCACACGCGUCUGCAGCUGAGCCAUGGACCACUGAGAUCUACUGUGUUGCUUGGCUGCUACAAGCCUCUGAGGGCAGUACAUCCAACCAAGGCGGCAGCAGUUGCCUAUGGAACAAUCAAGGAGGUGGCCUUCGAAGGGGGCCCCCGUCCAUGGCCCAUGCUGCCUGCAGGAUACAAAGUGCAGUUGUCCUCGAGCACAGCAGACCUGGUGAGGGUCAUGCGCAUUGUGGACCCGCAUCGUAGAAACCGAGAUCUGCACGUGUUCCAGGUACUAUGCCAGGCAUUCGGGGAAACGGUUCUUGCGCUGUCUGUGGGAAACAACGUCUCAGCCAGCCUCCCAAGCCCAGCUUCCAGUGAGGCCGCCAUCAGGUUUGUGUGUGCAGUGCCCUCAUCACUUGAACUUCGGCUGCACUCAUCAAGCCCAUUCAAUUAUCAGGUGGUGAGCAAAGGAGGUCCCGUUGAGCUGGAGCUUGUCGUGCGAGAAGCCAGUGGUCGUCGGUUGGCCAACAUCAGUUCACUAGAUGUGCUGUGGGAUCUGUCGGACUACAGGCUGGCCAAACUGGACAGCCACAGGGAUGUGACCACUCAUGUGGACGGCUCGGCUGGGUACCGCCGCACUUCAAAAGACUUCCAAGUGUUGCGGCCACGUGGGAAGCAGGGUACGUUGACGGUAACAGCCAAGGUCCGUGGACUUAGUGCCCAUGUGCUUCGCCAAGCAGCCUUACCCAUGAAACAGGUACCAACUGUGAGUGGCUCACUACAACUGCAACUGGUUGAGGGCCUGUCGGCAAGAAACAGUGCUCAACAUCAGGAACUGUAAGGGAUCGUCCAACCUCAACAACUGGGAAUGGUGCUUUACUUAGCAAUGUUUGGUUGACUGCAAUAAAGCCCACCUGGAGUCUCUCCUUUUA